UUUCUGAUGAAAACAAGAUCUUUAACUGUUGCAAAAAGGCACGCUGCUGAGGUAAAAUGGGCAAAAUUAAAAGAAGAGAAUGCGAAAAAGCAGGAAAUUGAUGAAAAGAAGCGUGAAUGUUUGGCAAAAGCAAGAGAAGUCAAAAAAAACUGCAAAAUUGUAGCAAAGGGAAAAUCAACUGUAUUAGUCCCCAAAGUAAAUGAUAAAACAACACAAACUGAAAAAUACAAAAAAGGAAGAAAUAUAGCCACUCAAACUACAAUAAAGGUUAAAGUAAUGGCCACGCAAACAACAGAGACUCCAAUUGUAACAAAAGAUGUUUCAACCCAAACAGUUCCAAGUUCAAAUGAUAUCUCAAUCCAGUGUGAUCUGGGUAAUUUAACUGCAUUGUCUUUAAAAUUUCAACUAAUGCAACAACAAAAUCACCAGCUGCAACAAGAGAAAAGCAAACUGCUUUCACAGAAAAAUAGUAUUGCAGCGGCAACACCUCGAAAACCCUACAAUGAGUUAAGUUCACGCCAAGCUCGACGUCGAGAGAAGCAAGGCAUGAAAGUAUUGCAAGAAAGAAGUCCUAGUCUUUUGUCUCCAAUCUCAUUAAGGAAGUUAACUCCAAGUGAAGAUCUAAAAAUAACACUUGAAGUUGGAAUUUCAUGGAAACAGAGAGAAAGAUUGAAGUCAGCACUGGACAAAAGGCUUGUUAACUGUUUUUGUGGGACAAGAGCAAUAUUAAAGAUAAAAUCAGAAGAAACAAAAGCGGCAAUUUUCAAAAGAAGUGGGGCAUCAAUUUACUUGUCGAAUAUUAAAGAAGUAUUAAUUAGACGAGUUGAGAGGCUGUUUAUGAAAGGCACUUUAACUAUGAGCAAUCAUGAAAUCAACUGUGCAAUUGCAGGUGACAAAGGUGGUGACAAUUGGGCGAAUGUUACUAAAUUUGGCUUUUUUAUCUCAACAACGAGAGCAAAUAGUUACCUGUUUUGGAACAAAUCAAACAAAUUGAUAGUUUAGUUGUUUUGGUGAAUGGG